AUGACCACCACGACUCUACUCAGCCGCGUACGAUCUCGUGGUGUAAAAAAUGUGCUCUGUCGGAAUUUAAUCGCCGAAUUUGUGGGGACAUUUUUUCUUGUGUUUAUAGGCACCUGUAAUGUUGCACAAUUUCAUUUGGGUCAUGAGAAAACAACCACUUGGAUAGGAGUUAAUAUUGGUUGGGGUUUUGCUAUAAUGUUUUGUGUUAUGGCAACCGCAAAUUUAUCAGGAGGUCAUCUUAAUCCUGCAGUCUCUUUAUUGAUGUGGUCAUUUGGACAUUUACCUGGAUUAUGGAUGAUUCUCUACUCAUUUGUUCAAACGGCAGGAGCAUUCGUAGCAGCCAUGUGCAUGUAUUACUACUAUUACGAAUCUUUCGAUCAGUACGACAAUGGGAUCCGAGCUGUUGCUGGUCCUACAGGAACCGCUGGCGUUUUUUGUAGUUAUCCGGCUCCGUAUCUAAACAUGUUCAGUCCUUAUCUUGAUCAGAUCAUCGGAACCGGGAUACUGGCCUUCUUCUUAUGCGUUGUGAUCGAUGAGAAAAAUAAAGUGCCGAAGGUAUGGCAUCCGAUGAUCUUCGGAUUCCUUGUGAUGAUGAUUGGUACAGCCUUUGGAAUGAAUCUCGGCUACCCUAUCAAUCCGGCACGUGAUUUCGGACCUCGCCUGUUCUCAUACUUCACACAUGGCUCAGAAGUGUUCAGUAGACCCUAUCCGUCAUAUUUUCUCGCACCUAUCAUCGGACCAUUAGUUGGAGCUGUGCUUGGUGGCUGGCUAUAUCAUUUGUCAUUGGGGAUGCAUAUUCCGAACGACACUACCACAGCAGAAGAAAAAAAGAAGCCGAUCCGGGAACAAGAGCAGAAAUUGCUCGGGAAUCCGUAA